GACUUCGUCCGUGCGUUCUUUCCUCACGACACUCAAAGCUAUGCCUUCCAAUCAAAAGCUGGAGCUUAUCAACCAAACAAUCCAGAAGCUUAUAGAAGAAGAUGAGAGAGCCAAAGUUCCCGUCGGCCUGGUCGUCGACGACGACGAUGAUGUUGUUGAUGAUCAAUUUCUCGUCUCCAAAUUGCUUUCUCAGAUGGAAUUGGUGAGAGAGGAAGGAGAUGUGAAUGCAUCUGAAGCAUCAACUGAACCGGAGGUGACCGAGACUUCUGGUGAGGAAGAAGGUGCUACUGGUAGCAAAGAAAUCAGUACAGAGGAGAUAGUCAAGGAGCUUAGAACAGUGAGGAGGCAGAAUACUAUCACUCAUAUUCUUCUCUCUGUCUUGAUUGCUCUUACUGUUACCUGGCAAGUCUCUGAGGUCUCCCUCAUUUUGAAGAUAAAAAAUGGGUUGAGCCACCCAUUCAGAUCUUUUGGAGGCGUGUUGGCUGGGAUACUACAACCCUCUGCUCUUACAAAUGCCGUGGAUGCAGAAAAACAGCCGACCUCGAAGCAUAAUAACCAUGAUGAAGGUUCUUCCUUUUCUCCUCUGAAAAUGCCUGAGCUACCCCAUAUGGAUCUUCCUGGUUUGGGGUUCGAAGGUGACAGAAAUUAAAACAUCAACAUAGUCCUUGGCAAUUUGUAUGCAAUGGUUCAAUUGUAUCUCUUCCCCCAGCACUUCUAUUCCCAAUAUCAAGAAUUUCUUUUACAGCGAUGUAAACAAUCGUAUUCUACACCAACUGUUUAAUUUAUCAAUUCAAUUGAUUUCACCCCA